AUGCUCACCGGGCCCGCCGCGUCCCCGCGCCUCGCGCGUAGGCCCCGCCCCCGCGCCGCCGACGUGAGGACGCCCCUGCGUCCGGAGACGCGGCGCGCCCUCGGCGUCUGCGCCGACGACCGGCCCUGCCCGGGGGGUGGCGGGGUGGGGAGCGCCCGCCCGCCCGCCGGCCACGGGCCCCGCGCGGAGCGCACCCACGUGGUGCCCGGGAGCCUCGAGCCUGGCAGCCAUGCUCCGCCCAGGGCCGUCGGGCCCCGCCGCCCGGGUCCGUGCCCGCCUGGCGGGCUCUGCCCCGCGCCUCGCCGCGCGGCCCUCACCCCCGGUGGGCGCUCCCGCCCUCCUCCCCCCCCCCCCCCACGGGCCCGGCCCCUCGAGGAGGAUCCGAAUCAAGGCCCCGGGCAGGGACUGACGCUCCCCAUGCCAGGGGACGGCAGGGCGCAGACCCCCAGGACCGCCCACGCCCCGGGUCGAGGUGCCCGCGCCGUGGCCCCCAGCCCGGGCCUGGCUCUUGGAUCUCCGCUUGGAUUCUGCGGGCGGCCGUCACUGGCGGGGACCGGCGAGGUUCCGGGCGGUGCCGGCCGCCCUCCUGCUCCUGGGCGGGCAGGUGGAGUCGCGUCGGCCCCGGUGUCCGCGAGGCCGGAGGAGGCGGGUGCAGCCAUGGGUGGGCGGCCCAGACCUGAGAAACCCGGCGAGGCGCAGCUGAGGGUGGGAAGGGCUUUAUGUACACCUAAGACCCAGAGCCGGGGCGGCCCCACCGCCCCGCGCCGGCCGGCCACUCCCUGGUCCCGGGCCGGUGGCCCCGCGCCCAGCCCCGACCUCCGCGCCUUGCCUGGCUACUCCUCCUCCCCGCAGGCCCCGAGCCUCCCCACAGGCCUCCGACCUCCCCGCAGGCCUCCGACCUCCCCGCAGGCCCCGAGCCUCCCCGCAGGCCUCCGACCUCCCCGCAGGCCUCAGACCUCCCCGCAGGCCUCCGACCUCCCCGCAGGCCCCGAGCCUCCCCGCAGGCCUCCGACCUCCCCGCAGGCCCCGAACCUCCCCCGCAGGCUUCAGACCUCCCCGCAGGCCUCCGACCUCCCCGCAGGCUUCAGACCUCCCCGCAGGCCUCCGACCUCCCCGCAGGCCUCCAGCCUCCCCGCAGGCCUCCGACCUCCCCGCAGGCCUCCCGCCUCCCCGCAGGCCUCAGACCUCCCCGCAGGCCCCGAACCUCCCCACAGGCUUCAGACCUCCCCGCAGGCUUCAGGCCUCCCCGCAGGCCUCCGACCUCCCCGCAGGCCUCCAGCCUCCCCGCAGGCCUCCGACCUCCCCGCAGGCCUCCGACCUCCCCGCAGGCCCCGAGCCUCCCCGCAGGCCUCCGGCCUCCCCGCAGGCCUCCGGCCUCCCGCAGGCCUCGGCCUCCCCGCAGGCCUCCGGCCUCCCCGCAGGCCUCCGACCUCCCGCAGGCCUCCCGCCUCCCCGCAGGCCCCGAACCUCCCCGCAGGCCCCGAACCUCCCCGCAGGCUUCAGGCCUCCCCGCAAGCCUCCCGCCUCCCUGCAGGCCCCGAACCUCCCCGCAGGCCCCGAGCCUCCCCGCAGGCCCCAAACCUCCCCGCAGGCCCCGAGCCUCCCCGCAGGCCCCGAGCCUCCCCGCAGGCCUCGAGCCUCCCCGCAGGCCUCAGACCUCCCCGCAGGCCUCCGACCUCCCCGCAGACCCCGAGCCUCCCCGCAGGCCUCCCGCCUCCCUGCAGGCCCCAAACCUCCCCGCAGGCUUCAGACCUCCCCCGCAGGCCCCGAACCUCCCCGCAGGCUUCAGACCUCCCCGCAGGCCUCCGACCUCCCCGCAGGCCUCCGACCUCCCCGCAGGCCUCCGACCUCCCCGCAGGCCCCGAACCUCCCCGCAGGCUUCAGACCUCCCCGCAGGCCUCCGACCUCCCCGCAGGCCCCGAGCCUCCCCGCAGGCCUCGAGCCUCCCCGCAGGCUUCAGACCUCCCCGCAGGCCUCCGACCUCCCCGCAGGCCUCCAGCCUCCCCGCAGGCCUCCGACCUCCCCGCAGGCCUCCGACCUCCCCGCAGGCCUCCGACCUCCCCGCAGGCCUCCGACCUCCCCGCAGGCCUCCAGCCUCCCCGCAGGCCUCCGACCUCCCCGCAGGCCUCCGGCUCCGGGCUGGCUCUGCAGGCCCUGCCUGCUUCUCCUCCUUCCUCCCCACCCCCCGUGCUCUGCCCCCUCCAGCUGCUGGGCCCCCCCCCAUAG